GAAAUGCAUUGAAAUGUAUGGCAAACACAACACUAAACACACUGUCUGUCUGUGAAUGCAGUCAAUGCAGUGCUCGCCGUAAACACAGUCUCUCUCUCACUCUCUGACUGUGUUUUUGUGAACAUUAUAUCUAAUUAUUUAUUAAUUCAUUUCAUAAUUAAUAAAUUAGUUGAUAUAUAAAGUGAUUUACAUUUUUACCAUAUAUUUAUACACAAACUAUAUUGUGAUUUGUAUUUACACUUUGGGUUCUGUGUUUGUGGUCAACAGUCAGUGCUUAAGACAAUACAAAUUGAGUGAUAAUUACAAACACUUUAUUAAAGUUAACGUUAAUUUUAAUCAUCAAAUAUACCGGCAUUUCAUUGGAUUCAGUCAUCGAUUGCAUGUGUUUUUGGAUCUAAUCGUCGAUACGAUUGUUAUAAACUGUUUUUAAUUGUAAUUUAAUUAAACGGCUAAUUAUUAGUCACUAAUACAUACGGCUAACCGAUUGGCGCCCAUCUGUCUGUCAAUUGAUCCCAAAUGGUGUCCAGAGAUUGUCGUUUGAAUAUACACUAAACCAUCGGUGGCUCGCGAUUAUCAUCAAAUCGAGAGCUCUCUGCCAAUAGAGUAUUGACCGCAACAACAGUCGACCCGAAGAGUUGACUGAUAGACGAGGCGUUGAUUUUCAUCCGAAGAUAUAUCUCUAAAUGAAAUUGAUUUGCGAUGAAAUGAUGGCCACCGAAGACAUCACGGAUUGCAUGUUUACCGUCGGAAGUCUGGUCUCGUGUCUCACCUGUUAUGACCUCCGAAUCGAUGGCGAAGUGAUUGCUUUCGAUUACACCAAACGUCUACUCGUCUUAAAGGCCAACAGCAGUGAUGGCAACUCCAACCACAACGACAUCCAUUGUCUGAAUCUGGAGUCCGUGAAAGACGUGACCGUCAAGAAGGAGGUGAAGCGCGAAGAUGUAGUAAACACUCAAUUACCGCAAAUCAAUACAUCGAAGGUGGAGGACAGAUAUCGUCGUGCGGUUGACGAACGCAAACGUCUGGCGGACGCGUUCAACGCCGGAGCCGGCGCUGAAGGCAUCAAAUUGUGGCUCCAAUUAAACAAAACUAUGAGCCGCGAUGUGGUGGUCAGUUGGGACGGCGACAGCAUUAUUGUGGACAACAGCGUCCGAAUCGCACCUCCAUAUAAGGCGGACAAUUGCACGGCACUCAAGACCAGAGCAAACUCUCCGCAAAAUUCAUUGAAUUAUACGAAAAAAUUGGUGGAGAAGUUCUGGAACGACCAGAAGUUGGCGGCGACCGCACCGGUAGCUAAACCUACCGCCGCCUCUGUUGUCGCGGGCGGACCGCAGCCGUCGACACCGCCGGCCGCGGCUCCAGUGACUGCCGCGUCGAUCGUCGCCGGAGGUAAUAAGAACUCAGCGACGAACUCAGUUCAGCCCACAGACAAACCUCCCUUUAAUAACACUAAAGGAUAGCCACAGCCGACGCAUGUGUUUGUGUUAUAAUUUCCGAUUUAAAGGACAAAAUAAUAAUUAAAAAUAUAAUUUUAGUGACAAUUUUUAAGUCAAUUGAAUGGAGAAAAAAUUAUACAAAAGAUUUAUAUAUAUUAUUUGAAUUGAUUUUAUUAUUAUUAUAAUUAUUAUCAUUGGUUUAGGAAAUAGUGUUUUGAUGUCUAAGUGAGAGAAAGAAGAGUGAAAUUCUUUUGAAUGAAUUUUUAUCUUCAAUAGACUUAGAAAUUGACGACAAAUUCGUUUAUUUUGUUUCCCUUUUGUUGGAAAUUUUUUGUCCCGACUUUUGGUUCCCAUUUAAAUGAUUAGAAAAUAAGACAAAAUGUAUUUUUUGAGAGAUUUGUUGUCAUUUAUAUUAACGACGAGUUUUUAGUUUUGCUUUUUUUGUACGAAUGAAAAACCAAAACAACAAAAACGGACUGUUUUUUAAUGAUUGAAACAAAUAAUUAUUUGACAACUUUUUUAUAAACAUAUAUUUUAAAGCGAAUCAAAAC